AUGGGUGCCCAAAGCAAGGUUAUCGAUGAUGUGAAGGGCAGUGUCAUGGAUAUUGCACUCGGCUCUCUGCGCGCACGCAAGACUCCCAUGCUCAAAGUCGAGGGUCUAUCCUGGAUUCUUGACAACAACCUACGCCCUGCUAUCAUUGUCGGCUAUGGCACAGACGAUCCAGAAAAGAUGUCGAGUAUUCAUCACAUCAUCAAGUUCCACUUCCGCAAGCGCCCUAUCUUCAACGUCGUUUCUGCCAUGGAAGAUUAUGCUGUCAAACACACCCGUGUCGCUACACCCAGUGUCGUGAUCUACGAUGAAAAGAUCCCUGCAUCCACUAUCUUGGCAGCCAGAAACUAUCUCGAGGAUCAGUACAAGAGUUUCGUGAUCGACGUUGCCGAAGCGUUCCGUGGACGUGGAUUCGAGGUUCCUAUUGUCGACGAAUUUGAAUUGGAGCCUGUCAAGAAGAGCAAGAAGAAGGCCAACAAAGUCGUCAAGAAGACAAAGCCAGCUAAGCCUAGCCACAAGCGUGUGCGCUUCGUUAUCGAGGAGGAUGACGAGGAUGGCCCUGUUCGUUGCUUGACGCCCACCAAGAAGGCAAGCGUUGAACCCGAGCGCGCCGACAGCAUCAUGUGCGAAUCUGCCGGUUCCCCCAACUUCACUUACAAGGAUACAGCCGACGGUCUUACACUUGUGGUUGACCCCGACACUCCAGUCAACUCUGUCGAGGUCUGUCACGGACUCGGCACUCCAGUCAGCAACGAUGACGCCAGCUGCGUUCCUGAGUUCAAGUGGCCAUUUGCUACUUGCACUGCUCAGGAUGCUCUUUUUGAGCCUUGCUAA